CGAAACGAUAACCAACUACGCAUGCGCGGCACAUGUACAACUGAUCGAAACGAAAUCAAUUAAUAAUACUUUCUGUCAAAUAUUGGACAAUCAAAUAAAGAAAUAUCAUGGCCAAUGACGAUCCAAGAGAGGUAACCGCAUGCAAGGACAAAUUACAUCAAAUGUCAGAGAACCUGGUGAAAGUUUUGUUCCCACAGAAGAUUGGAGAGUUAGGGGAAUUAGUAGAGAGUGAUUUGUUCAAGCUAAGUCGUAUGUCAGAGGUUGUAUGCAACAUCAACAUUCCAGUUCCUGCUCCCGUCAUUCUCAACAAUUCCGAUGGAGUGGAUGAUGGGCUCAAGGCACAUGCAAAGAAAAGGAAGCAUGACUCGGGCAAUGACGUGACAGGUUGCAAGGUGUUUUCACUGCCUGGAGGGACGGUUCCAUGCAACAAGGAAUUAUGUGAGCUCAUAGACAUUCUCAAACCCAAGAUAUGUUGCCUCAUUGAGAACUGUAACACACUGAAGAUGUGGAUCCAGUUACAGAUUCCAAGGAUCGAAGACGGCAACAACUUUGGUGUCUCCGUCCAGGAAGACACAUUAAGUGAGCUACGGCAGGUGGAGAGUGAGGCUGCUGCCUACCUAGACCAGAUAUCACGGUAUUACAUCACAAGGGGGAAGCUAAUCAGCAAGGUCGCCAAGUACCCUCACGUGGAUGACUACAGGAGAAGUAUAAUAGAAAUAGACGAGAAGGAGUUCAUCAAUCUUCGCCUAACAUGCCUGGAGUUGAGAAAUACAUACCUUUCCCUUCAUGAUGUCAUCACAAAGAACAAAGACAAGAUCAAGAAACCCAGAGGGAACAACACGGAAUCAAUGUACUGAGGACCAUACCAUCAUUACCAACACAGAUUAAAAGCUUCCCAAGGCCCAAGGCCCUUCCUAUGUAUGGCAUCCACCUGGGACCUAGUCAAGACCAGUCUCUAGUUUAAACCAAGAAUCAGCUUCAUUACCAAGAUUAGUACCAAAAGAAAAGCUUCACAAAGGAGCGCUGCGUUGGUAUACUGUUCACAAGCAGUAUAGUUGAGACAGAAAUUGCAUCUUACCAGCACAGAUUGACUUGCUUCCCAAGGAUGCCCCUCCUAGCACCAACUGGCGAUGUAGUUCUGAUGACCACACCAUCACAACAAGAACAGGGGGGGCGUUUCACAAAACUUGUCGUCAGUGACAAAUGACAGAUUUUGUUAUAAGCUACUGAAAUCCUAGCUUCUGAUUGGUAAUCAGCAGAUUUGUCACUGAUUUUUGUAAUUUGUCAUUGUAAAAAGACUUUGUGAAACAGGUCGCAGAUAGACAGCUUCCCGAGGCUCAUCUUUGGUAUAUCUUCCACAUCAUUAUUACCAAAAUAGAUUCAGUUUUUUGAAUCAGUCCUUGUGUCAGUUUAAGAUCCACCAUUGAUUUUAUAGUCAAGACCUGUCCCAUUGUUUUUACAAAGAAUUCAUGUACUGAGGAUCACCCCAUCAUUACCUGCAAAGACUUAAAGCUUUCCGAGGUAUUAGAUCAUGAGAACAGUCUCAGCGCUUUCGGUGUUUUAUAAUAUUCAAUGACUCUGAGACAUUAUUCUAAAUGGAUUUAACCAAUGACCUCCCCCUCUACCCUCCCCCCCCCCCUUUCCCCAUGGUCUUGGUUUGGGGCCCUUGGUCUUAAGUAUGCUGUGCAUGCCAUAGUGGCCUGAGGGCAGUAUAGUGAUAUGAAUUGACCAAAGUCACGGCAGAGACAAAAAACUGACGAUCACUCAAGCAUGAUAUAUAUAUAUAUGCCACACCAUUUUAAAUAGUUUUAGUCCUCGCUAAAAUUUGAUGUGUCUCUCACAUUAAAAAUACAUGUUGUGUGGCUCAUUGAUGGUUUUUUAGAUGUUAUUUUAAUACAGGUAAAUUGCGUUCUGGGUUGUCAACUCACUGCGUAUUCAAAUUAAUAUUUUAUGGGUUAUUUUUAUAGUGCUCGGGGGCUAUAGUAUACCAUGCAAUGUGUCUGGAAUGACAUAUGCCUUUUAUCCAUUUCCUUAAUUCAUGCAAAAAUGAAAAUCCUUUUAUUGGACUUAUGAAAGUAUUACCAGACAAAAUCAUUAGUCAAUGGUCAAAUCAAGAAUUUGUCAUUUUUGGUAUGAAGCAGAUGGAUUGAAGACAUACAUGCAUGUUGUACUGCAACAUUACACGGAUCCGCUCUUUUAAUUUAUGUUAUGAUUUAUACAUGUAAAUUAACUGGAAAUAUCUUUCUUAAUAUUGGAAUUGAUAUCAGAACUACGAGUGUAUCUUUUAAAAUGACAUCAAAGUAAUGAAUUUUACAUAUUUGAGGAUGUGAAACCUAAAUCCACUUGAAUGAAAUCAAUUGCUCAAGGCGCAAUUUACUCGGACCAAUUUCAUUUUUUUUAAUUGGAUACAAAGUUCCGAGAUCAACUAUCCAAUUGUACUGGUAAAGAUUAUCUACAGUCAUUGAAGUAAAAAUAAUAUUUCUAAAUAAAUGUUGCUCAGAAUCGUUGGUCAUCAUGGAGCCAAUAAGUAUAUCCUCAUAUCGUCUGUUCAGAGCCAGAAGGGCGUUAACUCUGGUGUGAAAGUAAAGAAGUUAAAGAUAACCUUGAGUUCUGGUAAAAAAAAGAAAGUUAGUUCUCACAAAAAUCAAACGAAACUUACACUGAAUGUUCAAGAUUACAAAUAAAUGACAUGUGCCAAACAAUUUUGAAAGAAAAUGUUUACUGGCUGAGUAAUGAGCAUAGAAAGAUAAGGAAAUCAAGGUAGUACUAGCCCCGACACCAUUGUGUAGUCCCAUAUACAUCUUUCUGUGUACAGUGCUUGUUACUUUACUAAGACUGGGCCAAGUUUCUUAUCAUUUUGAUGACUCCAGAUUCCAGAACCUUGCAGUGCUCACCAAUACUUACAUGCUACAUGAUCAACUUUUUCUGAUCCAUUCCACACCUUUUCUUUCACAAUGCAAUCGCAUGGCCAGAACUCACCUUUAUCUUUAAUACUCAUUUAGCUCAUAAUGGACAAUUUGUAAUGCAGCUGUUUGUAGAUAGUCUUGCAAAUGUCAAUCAAAGUUAAUAGAACUUGCUGCACGUCAAGUACUCUGAAAAGUUCUUACACAGAUAUGCACAUGUGGGACAAGGUAUUGUACUGUGGCUCUGCAGGCUUUUAACUUCUUCAAUUUUUAAUCCAAAUUCAUUAAGCUUGAAAUGCAUUACAUAAUGUUAUGAUGUACACCCAUGAAAAGAAGGGAAAUCUAGCUAAACGCCCACACACCUGUUUUGCUGUUACAUGAAUUGUGUUACUCUAGGUUGGUUGAUUUGUGCCAUUUCAUUUGUAUUUUAUGAACUUUUUUAAAAUAAUCAUCCUUAUCUGAUCCUAUUGCUUGUUUGCCAAUGUCGUUUUAUCUUUACUCUCCACGUAGCUCUUUAACUCUUUCACUCUGUUCUCCUUUUUCUAAAACUUUUUCUCCCUCUCUAGUCUGUCUUUUUUUCUUCUCAUUUGAUCAACUUUCAUCAUUUCUUUCUCAGGCUUUUGAAAGUAGAUAUAUUUUUGUUUAGUUAAUAAAUGGAAGAAUACAGGUACAUUCAAUUAUAUGUUCAACCAAUUCUUUCGAAAUACUGUUCAAUAUACCUUCCCCUAUGUAUGCCUGUUAAGUCCCUCUAUUUCCUUUUUUUUUGAGGGGGGGGGAGGGGUGAGCUGCUGUUUGCUUCCAUGUGUAGAUUAGAAGUAAAAAUUAUUUAAAUAAUAAAAUGACUGUAAGCCUUA